AUAAAUUAAUGAAAUGUGGUCUAUGCUGAUUACAGCCAACUCUUAUAAAUAGCUCAGCACCACCCUCAGUUUCAAUACCAAAAGAAGAAGAAAAAAAAAAGCCUUCCCCUGCUCUUCAAAAUUUGUCCUGAACAUCAACAACAAUGGUGGUCCUGUCCAAUCCAGGUAUUGAACAGUUGUCAUCUCUAAGAAACUGCAAACCCACCACAUUAUUUUCUGGAAUUCCCAUUAUAGACCCCUCUAAAUCUGACUCUAAGCACCUCCUUGUUAAGGCCUGCGAGGAUUUUGGAUUCUUCAAGGUCGUCAACCAUGGAAUCCCCAUGGAAUCCAUUUCCAGGCUUGAAUCUGAAGCCCUCAGCUUCUUCUCAUUGCCUCUUUCUGAAAAGCAAAAGGCUGGACCUCCUAAUCCUUUCGGCUAUGGUAACAAAAUCAUUGGACCAAACGGCGACGUUGGUUGGGUCGAAUACCUUCUCUUCACAAUCAAUCAAGAAUCCAUUUCCCAGAGGUUCAUUUCAGAAGAUUUUAGGUCUGCUUUGAAUGAUUACAUAUCAGGUGUGAAAAAGAUGGCAUGUGAGAUUCUUGAAAUGAUGGCUGAUGGUUUAAGAAUCCAACCAAGAAAUGUGUUCAGUAAACUUUUAAUGGACGAACAGAGCGACUCUGUUUUUAGGCUAAAUCACUACCCUCCAUGCACAGGGCCAGGGAUUCACACUCUGAAUUCUAACAAUAUGAUUGGAUUUGGAGAGCACACAGACCCACAAAUCAUUUCUGUACUGAGAUCCAACAACACAUCUGGCCUGCAAAUCUCUCUUGGAGAUAGCAAAUGGAUUUCAGUCCCACCUGACCAAAACUCCUUUUUCAUCAAUGUUGGUGACUCUCUGCAGGUCAUGACUAAUGGGAGGUUUAAAAGUGUGAGGCACAGGGUUUUGGCAAACAGUAUGAAAUCCAGAGUUUCAAUGAUAUAUUUUGGUGGGCCACCUUUGAGAGAGAAAAUAGCUCCAUUGGCUCCACUCAUGAAGGGAGAAGAGGAGAGCUUGUACAAAGAAUUCACCUGGUUUGAGUACAAAACAUCUGCAUAUAACUCAAGGUUGGCUGAUAAUAGGCUUCUUCUCUUUCAGAAAAUAGCAGCCUCAUGAUUUCAGCUAAGAGCAACUCUACCUGGGUUCUUUUUUAUUUAUUUUCUAAUACGUUAUCAAAGUGAAAGUUUUUAUAUAAUUAUUUAUUAAAAAAAAAAAUUGUAUGGUUACUGUUUUG